AUGAGGUUCUUUUCUCUUUUUAUCUCCUUCCUUUUUAUAGCACCAAGUGUGCUUUCGACAACACCGGCAACGGAUAAGUUUGAAAGGUACCAUUCUAUCUCGCGCUCUACACCAAUUGAAUUGGAUGACUCCUCAUAUGAAGACCUCACUUCGAAGCCCCGCGACUAUUAUGCCGCCGUUGUUCUAACAGCAACGGAGGCCCGUUUUGGAUGUAUCCUAUGCCGCGAGUUUGAGCCGGAAUGGGAUCUCAUUGCUCGAAGUUGGAACAAGGGCCUUAAACCCGACGGGCUCAAACUGCUUUUUGGUACCUUAGAUUUCAGCAAUGGUAAAGGCACCUUUCAGAAGCUCAUGCUCCAAACUGCGCCUGUCGUCUUGGUAUUCCCUCCGACCGUUGGCCCCUUUGCUAAAGUCGAUGCCACACCCCUGAGAUUCGACUUUAGCGGCCCGAUAUCUGCCGAGCAGCUUUACACAUGGCUAAACCGUCAUCUUCCUGAAGGACCAAAGCCACUUCUUGUUCGACCAUUUAAUUACGUGCGGGUGGUCUCUUUAGUCACGAUUUUAAUGGGCAUCGCCACGCUUUUCACAGUUCUAUCUCCAUAUGUUUUACCAAUUGUCCGGAACCGAAACCUGUGGGCUGCCGUUAGUCUUAUCGCUAUACUUCUUUUCACGAGUGGCCAUAUGUUCAAUCAUAUCCGCAAAGUGCCAUAUGUUGUAGGUGAUGGCAAAGGGGGUAUCAGCUAUUUUGCAGGAGGGUUUCAAAAUCAAUUCGGUAUGGAAACACAAAUAGUUGCUGCCAUAUACGCUGUCCUUUCCUUUGCAACAAUUGCCCUUGCGAUGAAAGUUCCUCGCAUGACAGACAGUAAAGCACAGCAAGUGGCCGUGGUAAUCUGGGGGACUGUUUUGCUUGGCAUGUACAGUUUUCUCCUCAGUGUUUUCAAGGCGAAAAACGGCGGGUAUCCCUUCUUCCUUCCGCCCUUCUAG